GAAAUAAUGAACGCAGUAUCGCGGUCCACAGAAAUACUUUCCCUUUCUCUUUCUUUCUUGAUUGAUCCUCUUCCGCCUCCGUACCUCGUGUCGGUCCUCGCGAGUUCGCCGUGGAACACCCCAUGGGCUCCGGCGAGGACACCCCCGAAGGAACCGGUGGAGGAGUCGGCGGGAUAGUCCGGGGUGCGCUGCUGAAGGCGCUCGUCGUCUUCGGCGGCGUUAUUCUCAUCCGGCGGCUGCGCCGCUCCACCACCCGGUGGGACCACGCCCGCGCCGUCGCCGACGCCCUCUCCGGUGAAAAGUUCUCGAGGGAGCAGGCGAGGCAGGAUCCUGGAAACUAUUUCAACCUUAGAAUGCUCACUUGCCCUGCAACUGAGAUGGUGGAUGGUUCUGGAGUGCUCUACUUUGAGCAAGCAUUUUGGAGAGCUCCAGAAAAACCUUUCCGACAAAGAUUCUACAUGGUAAAGCCAUGUCCAAAGGAGAUGAAAUGCGACGUUGAGUUGAGUUCUUAUGCAAUUAGAGAUGUUGAAGAGUAUAAGAAUUUCUGUGACCGACAAAAAGAUCAGAGGCCGCAGCCAGAAGAAGUAAUUGCGGAUAUCGCAGAGCAUUUGACCACCAUACACUUAUCACGAUGUGAACGCGGAAAACGCUGCUUAUAUGAAGGAUCAACCCCACUGGGAGGUUUUCCCAACAGUUGGGGUGGUGCAGCAUAUUGUACAUCUGAUCUGUCCAUUCACAAGAAUGGUGAAACACACAUUUGGGACAAGGGUUUUGACGACAAUGGAAGCCAGGUUUGGGGAACCAAGGCUGGCCCUUACGAGUUUAAGCCUGCUCCCAAGUCCAAUUAUGAUGACAUGUUCUCACCUUUAAAUUUCUCUGCCCCCUUGUCACUAGAGAAGAUGGAAAGUUCAUAUGCAAUUGAUGACCAGUAGAUGAGCAUUGUUAAUACAUUUUGUUGUUAGAGAACACCAUAAGAAUAGCAUGUUACAUUUUGACAGUAUCUCUGAUCAUCAACAAAUGGUAAUUCUGUGGGUGAACACUUCCAAUGCCUGACAACAUAGUGAGAUGUAACAAUUGUCGUAUUGCAGCUAACAUGAGUUAUGUAGGCAGAUGGAGCAUUAAUUCUAAUGUUCGUUAGAUGGA